AUGCCAACGUUACCGUUUAAUAAGAACCCAAGUGAUAUCUUCAACCCAAGGAUGAAAGCCGUUUUGAGGCCGAUGACAAGAGACCAAGCGACCUCAGCUCCAGCCGGACGGCUGAUGAACAAGGAAGACAAAGUUCUGACCUGCACUCCCCCAAAGGCGCUAAAGACGCCGGGUUCAACCAGAGAAUUUGCCGGCCCCCGGCCCAACCACCGUAGCAUUACCUCACAGACGUCGUGGCGUGGUUGGUGGAGCGAGGUCACAGUCGAAUAUUCUAGCUGUUUGACUAGUCCCUGGCACGUCUGA